AAAUGCCACAGCGGUUGAACCGACAUCGGCGGGGUUAGGUAAGCCCUCGGCCAAGUCUCGGAUUCCAAAAUCAGAGGCGGAAGGCGAAUUCUCGGCAGAUACUACCAGUCAGCCCACGAAAAAAACAACUUCCAGGCGAUCAUGCAGCAGGUAGCGAAAGGUGUAUAUUCAAAGUAUGCCAACCGUAGCUUCGGUUCGGGUCGGGCGGGGAAUGUUGAAGACUUUCAGUCCAUCCUCCAGACUCAUGGCGAAAUCAUCUCCGGGCUGCUGAGCAGAUGAUGAUAAGUUAGCGGUCUUUUUCUGCCGCAGUUCGACCCCAGCUCCGCUCCGCUUCUCUUCCUUUUCCUUCUCUUCGCCGCAUGCAAUUCGCCUCUACUUUCUCUUGGGCGCAAGAAUGAUCUGAAAGCACUUGUCUGUCUAUAUUGAUAAAAACACCUUUUUCCCUCCAUCCGAGUGCCUCUCGACAAUCAUCUCCAUGGCCCGCUCCGCCAUCGUGCAAGAGUACGCUCCUCCGACCUCCGCUCCCACGCUUUCCGUUGAUCGCAAAGUCACCCAGGAACGCCAACAAAAUGGCGUCACUCGACCCCAAGGUUACCGCGUCUCCUGGCAUGCGAACCCCGCGGUUGAGCUGCACCACUUCGGUCAAUCACAUCCGAUGAAGCCCUGGCGGCUCACCUUGACCAAACAGCUGGUGAUGGCCUACGGCAUGCACCAUGCGAUGGACCUAUAUCUGGCGCGCCGAGCCACGUACGAGGAGAUGGAGGAGUUCCACACAUCCGACUAUCUCGACUUCCUCCGUCAAGUGAAUCCGGGUGAUAUGGAGAACUCAGAACAGAGCGAGAACAUUGCGCGCUUCAACUUUGGCGACGACUGCCCGAUCUUCGACGGGCUGUACAAUUACUGCUCGCUCUACGCUGGCGGCACCAUUGACGCGGCCCGCAAACUGUGCAACAACCAGUCUGAGAUUGCGAUCAACUGGUCGGGCGGACUCCAUCACGCAAAGAAAUCCGAGGCCAGCGGGUUUUGCUAUGUGAACGACAUCGUGCUCGGGAUUCUGCAGCUCCUCCGCCUCCAUCCGCGCGUCAUGUACAUCGACAUCGACGUCCACCACGGCGACGGCGUCGAGCAGGCGUUCUGGUCCACUGACCGAGUUUUGACUGUCUCUUUUCAUAAAUACGACAAGGACAACUUCUUCCCCGGCACCGGCGCGCUCGACAGCACGGGCCCGACCCACCCGCUCAACCCGGGGGCGCACCACUCGGUCAAUGUUCCCCUCCACGACGGCAUCGACGACGAGUCCUACAUCCGGCUCUUCCGCGACGUGAUUGGCUCGUGCGUGGACGUCUACCGGCCGGGGGCCAUCGUGCUCCAGUGCGGCGCUGACUCGUUGGGCUGUGACCGGCUCGGCUGCUUCAACCUUAACGUCUCCGCGCACGGCGCCUGCGUCGCCUUCGUCAAGACUUUCGGGCUGCCGCUGCUGGUCGUCGGCGGCGGCGGCUACACGCCGCGCAACGUCUCCCGUGCCUGGGCCCACGAGACCUCGAUCCUGCUCGACGCCCAGGACGUCAUCGACCCCAACAUUCCCGAGACCGUCACCUUCCGCAACCACUUCGGUCCGGACUUCUCGCUCUUCCCCCCGCUCUCUGAGAUGCGCAAGCUCGAGAACAAGAAUCCCCGGCCCUACCUGGCCGGCCUUCUGCAGUCCAUCCGCGAGCAGCUACGCUACAUCGAGGGCGCCCCCAGCGUGCAGAUGAGCUUCAUUCCCCCAGACAUCCUCGGGCUCCGUGAGGAUACCGAGAAGGAGAUUGAGGAGGAAACGGCGUUGAUGGAGGAGGAGCGCGAGGACCGUGCCGGCGGAGGCAGUCUGGGGAAAGCCAGUCGGCGGCGGGAGUUGGAACGGGCUGCGGGGCAACGCGGGGAGUUGUAUUAGUUCUUGCCUGGAUUGUUAAGUUUACACCUUUUUGUUUUUUUUUUCUUCUUCCCUGUGGUGCUUUUUUUUUUGGAGUUAACGGUGGAGUUUUGCGGUUGGGUUAAGGAUAAAACGGCGUCUGUGGGGUUUCGAUUACUGAUUGGGGGCGGGUCAAUUGGCCAUAAUACAGCAUGUGUAGGGCAAAUAGGUUGUGAUAUCCUGUUGUCGUGAUGUCUUGUAUGAUAACCGUUUUGGUCGGAGUGGAGCUUGGAGGAUUGACCUAACCUAGACUUGAGGGUGGAAUUGAUUCU